GCUACCAAUAAAAGCAUUCUACUCUUGGAUUCAUUUACUUUGAAACCUAAGGGAUAAUAUCAACCCCUUUCUUUACACAUUGAGAACAAGAGAACAACAAAACCAGAGAUUUACGUGAUGCCUAUAGCUGGAGCCAUGUCCCACAUAAUACCCAAUCACAUUCUGAGGGUGGGUCAGAGUACCUGCCUGGACUCCGGUCAUGUGGCGGCUCUGGGGUGCAGUCCGAGCGCCAUGAUGGACCCCAACGGGAGUUGCAGUGAACAGGAUGACCUGGACAUCUCCCUAGAUAACCUGAACCAGCUCAUUCUGGAACUGGACCCCACGUUUGAGCCCAUGCACUUCAACAAGAGGUCCCAGUCCAGCAGCCUCCACAMAGAUGACUUCUCUCCAGAUGAAGACGUCUCCAACUGUGUGCUGGUCCCCAGAAGCUGUUCUCCAAGGAACAUCUCCACCUCCUUCUCCCCCGUCUCCCCCUCCUGCAGCAUUCCCAUCCCCCUGUCCUCUGCUUCUGGCUCCAGGUGCAGCCCCCAAAGCUCCCUGGUGUUCUCUGAUGCCUCCUCUCGCCCCCCACUGCCGUGUGGAAGUGUCGUCCGCCGGCGGCUGCCCUCAACGCAGGGAGGCGAGGUGGGCAUGUGUUCAUCCCCGGUUACCCUGCGCAUGUCACACUCUCACAGGAACAGUGCCGUCUCGAUGAUCUCCACGUCGCCCGGCUCAGAAACCAGUUACAUGAUGGGCAGCUAUCAGUCCUUGCUCAGUGACAGUGAAGGCGACAGCCCCGAGUCUCUACUCCUCUACCGCACAUCCAGCUCCUACAGCGACGUGUCCAGGUCCUCGACCAGGCCGUUCACCAACAAGCCCUCGCCGACCGGCCCAUCACCACUCGGCCACUUCCAGGGGAUCCACAGCAGCCCUGCCUCCCUGGCCGGUUCCCUGACAGACAUCCCUGUGGUGUUGGUCAACGGAGCUCCAGAGCGGGAGCUCAGCCCCCAGUCACCUCCAGAGGCAAUGGUCCCAGACAUACAGAUCAAGCAGAGGCCCAGCUCCAGGCCAUCGUCGCCAUCUCCCUCUCACUCUUUACAAGGCCAUUUCCAAGGCAACCAGCACUCCAUGAAGUUUGUCAUGGACACCUCUCAGUUCUGGUUCCGCCCACACAUCAACAGAGUUCAGGCUGAGGCCAUAGUGAUAGAUAAGGAGCCGGGGACCUUCGUGGUGAGAGACAGCACGUCCUUCAGAGGCUCCUUUGGGCUGGCUAUGAAGGUGGACCAGGUGCCUGUCAAUAAAUCCCCUACUGGCCAACCAGCGGAGGGCAGCUCAGAUCUCGUGAGGCACUUUCUCAUUGAAUCGUCGGCCAAGGGCGUCCGUAUCAAGGGUUCCUCACACGAACCAUACUUCGGUAGUCUGUCUGCCCUGGUCUUCCAACACACCGUCACUGCAUAUGCCCUACCCUGCAAACUUCUGCUCCAGUCACAUGAUCUGAACAAAGGACAGGAGGGAACAAGGUCAGCACCAGAAGACAAGACCAAGACAGCUUGCAAUUUCCUCUACCUGAGUGCAAUCCCCACUGAGAUGUUGACAGGGCCGUGUGCUGUACAAAAGGCUGUGUCCUCCACCUUCACGAUGGACCUGAGCACCAUCACACCCACCAUAGUCAACCUGAAGGUGUCACCCAAAGGUGUCACUUUGACAGACAUCCAGAGAAAACUUUUCUUCAGACGUCAUUACCCUGCACACAUGCUCAGCUACAGUGGUGAAGAUCCAGACAAGAGACUGUGGCACAAGAGUUCCAAACCAGCAAGGAUAUUUGGUAUAGUGGCAAAGGGCACUGAAGCGGGUAUGGAGAAUGUGUGCCACGUCUUCGCAGAAUACGACCCUCUUCAGCCCUGUAAUCCGACGAUUGAGUUGACACAGGGCAUAAUUUUCAAACCAUAACCUCACUCUGUCCAGWAUGGGAAGGUGAGAUAAGACAAUAUCACCAGACUGGAUGUUGGAAGCUCUUUAAAUCACUUCCGUCAACGAGGGCGCCCAGAGCCAGACCUGAUACAGAUACUCUGAUGUGUCAAUUCUCUGCCCGUGUAUGCAGGUUCGAGAUCCGAUUUAAAAGUACGCAGAAAUGAAUAGGGCCUGAUUUUUUGGGGGGAUAAAAACAACAACAUUUUAAUAAAAAAUAAAUCCACUGAGUAAAUCUAACAUCCCGAUUCUCGAGCUGCAACACACAUGUACGGAGUUUGUGUCAACAGACAUGGAGAUUAAUGCAUAAUUUCCCGACGAAGCUACCCCGUGUCUGCCCCACCUCCUGUUUGUUGUGAUGCUGGGUUUGCCGACUGUCAGCUGCACGUAAACACAUGGACAAAUCCCUUUUCGACUSCGUGUGUUGUAGAAAGGUAAACACUAAUUGUUUCAAGUAAACGUUAGUGAACAUAARAUGGACAUUCAGUGGGUUCUAAAGUGCCAGCGUUUGCUAGUGAAAGAAAUKAAAUGCAUAUAUGAAAUAUAACUGGUCGCAUUUGUGCGAGUGUGAUAUACAUUUAAUUCUGCGUCMCAUUAGUUGUAUUUUCCGCGCAACAUUACGGCAUUAGCCUAUUGCUAGAGUAACCUAGUGGUUAGAGCGUUGGACUAGUAACMGMAAGGUUGCAAGUUCGUAAUCCCCGUGCUGACAAGGUACAAAUCUGCCGUUCUGCCCCUGAACAAGGCAUUUAACCCACUGUUCCUAGGCCGUCAUUGAAAAUAAGAAUUUGUUCUUAACUGACCUGCCUAGUUAAAUAAAAUAAAGGUAAAUAAAUUACGGGGGUCACGCAACCUGAUAGUCUGUAACUGUAAKUAUGAUCCACGUCACAAAAAGCAUCACAAAAGUAUAAUCAGAAAUAAAUAUAAACAUCUUGGCAUUAAAUGGAGUCGGGAGUUUAGAAGACUGCGCGAUGAAGAAUGAAUGAGUGUCCGGUAUUAGCUAUAGAGGCAAUGCUUCUAAAAUGCCUUUGCACUAGAUUUGAGAUUUUAUCAAUU